GUUCACCCCUAUCCACACAUUGUUCCCCUUUAUUGCAACUGCAGAUCCUGCUUUGAGGGAGAAUUUGAGAAGCAAGAAGCUUUAUGAUCUUCAUACUGCGUUUAAGAGAGAAAGAGGGUGGAGAAAGAAGUGAUCUUUACAAGGAAAAGUGGACUUUUGUGCGUUUUGUCUUUUUUGGGUGUGUGGGAUAUGAAUUGUGAGCUUCUGGGUUUCUCUUAGGAAGGAUCUGUUUUCAGCUUUCUGGGGUCUGCUUCGGUGGGGAAGGACAAUGGCUAGGAGUAACGAGGUUAACCUCAGUGAGUCUAAGAUGGUGGUUCCACUAAAUACAUAUGUCCUGAUCUCCAAUUUUAAGUUGGUGUACAAUCUUCUUCGCCGCCCUGAUGGCACUUUCAAUCGUCACUUGGCAGAGUAUCUUGAUAGGAAGGUCCCUGCAAAUGCAAACCCGGUUGAUGGUGUUUUCUCAUUUGAUAUCAUCAUUGAUUGCAGUACGGGCCUCCUAAGCCGGAUUUAUCGCCCAGCCAGUGCAGAUGAACCUCAGCCUAAUAUCACUGAACUUAUGAAGCCAGUUACAUCUGAUGUUGUCCCUAUUAUAAUUUUUUUUCAUGGUGGAAGCUUUGCUCAUUCCUCUGCAAAUAGUGCCAUAUAUGACAUUCUAUGUCGCCGAUUAGUGGGUUUCUGUAAGGCUGUUGUGGUCUCUGUGAAUUAUCGGCGUGCACCUGAAAAUAGAUAUCCUUGUGCUUAUGAUGAUGGAUGGGCAGCUCUUAAAUGGGUGAACUCUAGAUCAUGGCUUCAGAGUAAGGACAAGAAGGUUCAUAUCUAUUUGGCAGGGGAUAGCUCUGGUGGUAACAUUGCCCAUCAUGUUGCAAUGCGAGCAGCAGAAUCGGGAAUUGAAGUGCUGGGGAAUAUAUUGCUCAAUCCAAUGUUUGGUGGGCAAGAAAGAACUGAAUCUGAAAAACAAUUCGAUGGAAAAUAUUUUGUUACUGUACAAGACCGGGACUGGUACUGGAGAGCCUUUCUUCCUGAAGGAGAAGAUAGGGACCAUCCAGCAUGUAACCCAUUUGGUCCUAAGGGUAAAAGCCUUGACGGAAUCAAAUUUCCAAAAAGUCUAGUUGUGGUGGCAGGUUUGGACCUUACUCAGGAUUGGCAAUUAAUGUAUGUUGAAGGGCUCAAGAAGGCUGGGCAAGAGGUGAAACUUUUAUACCAGGAGCAGGCAACAGUUGGGUUCUACUUCUUGCCAAAUAACAAUCACUUCCACACCGUCAUGGAUGAGAUAACUCAAUUUGUGAGUUCUAACCAUGAAUAAAUUAACAUUACCUACAGGCAGCCAUUAACAACGGCUGCAUGACAUAGUAAUCUGGGUAAUUAAAGAUGGUUUGAAGUUUGUUAUAUUCUAGUGUUUACUACUUUCUCUUAAUGCUAGCAUUAGGGGUAGCCUGCUACAUUGAGUUCUGCUUACUGGGCUUCUAAUAUUGUGUUCUGAAGGUGUAAUUCAGCAUCUACGAGGAUGGGAUAUUAAUAUUACUAUCAUUACAUUAUAUAAGCAAAUGUGUGGACCUAGGAGGCCAUAGUUUAAGGGAGAUUUUGGGUAGCCAGAGCUGCUUGACUGUGUUCAGAUUACUAGUGAGUUUGUGAUUACCAAUACUGGUUUCUAGCCACAAAGGGAGAAGUGGAAUGUAUUGGUAACAUCUGGUAGUGGAAUGUAUGUCGCUAAUACUAAUAUAGCUAAUUUUAGGAUAUGGAUGAGAAUGCUUCUAUAAUGCAUGGUCUUGUCUGGUUAUGUACAUGAGUUGGUAUAUAUAGAGAGAGAUGCCUUCUUAAUUCCGUCUGUUGGCAUUUGGUUUCCAUUUUUCUUGCUGUGAUGCUGUACUGGGCAAAGUGUAAAUACAAUCAAAUGUUGUGCUAGUG